AUGGCAAGCAACGACGUGACCACGCCGGUGGAAUCCUUCGAGAUAGGACCCAACGACGGUUCCCCGUUAUCGGAGGGUGAGUUGUGGGUCAAGUUCCUUGCGGUGAAUCUAGAGCACCCAGAAGAGGAAGAGAUCCUCCGAGUCCGUGUGCAGCGCAGCCUGUUGUCAUGCGAGCAAUCCGCAAAAUCCAUAAUACCACUGCUGCUUUCCUGCACGAACCUCCCGGAGCAAUUUCACCGUUGUCCUGAAUUCAUCAGAACUGUAUCGGAGUACGUUUGUAAUUCAUUGCCCAAUGAGACGCACCAAAUGUAUGUCUACGGCCAUGUGGUUGGAGAUGCCAUAGACCCAAGUAAGUGUGCCUGGUCUUACUGUUUGUCGCCGGAGAAAUUCAGUUGCACUGACGAGCUGGUUGUGCUGUCACGCCGGUGGUCUGAAAUGCAAGCGCUGGAGGAGGUCAAGCUCGAAGAAGCUUCGGAGUGUGCCAUUUGCUUACAGGACCUUCUUGUUGGGGUUGAAGCUUCUAAGUUGCCAUGCUCUCACGUCUACCAUGUUGACUGCAUUGUUGAGUGGUUUGAUCGGAGUAACCAGUGUCCCUUGUGUCGUUCCCAAGUUUUCUAA